CAUAGAAAGAUCAACAGAGAGUGAUCGCAGGAGGUCUUGAUAGGUCAGAGGUGGUGUUAUCACACUACGUCAGCUCUGAGCCUGUAUAAAGGGCCAAGCCAUCUGUGGAGCAUUACAAUCUCAACCCAAUUCUCUUGAGGACUGCAAGAAAGGAAAGACUGCAAAGAUGAAACUGUACCUGGCUGCAGCCGUGCUGAUGCUUGUACUUGCUGUACACACAGAGGCCCAGGACGAGUCUACACUGGAGCAGCACUUCGCCAAAUUCCAGACCCAGGUGAAGGAGAUUGCAGAUGACCUGACAGAGAAGACCAAGACCACCUUCGAAAAACUUGGAAAUAGCGAGUUUGGUGAAAAAACCAAGAACUGGUUUACUGAGCAGUAUGAGAAAAUGAAGCAGUCGCUGUCUGGAACCUUCAAUUAAAAACCAAUGGCCUUCCAUCUUCCCUGCAAUCAUGCAAUUGCUGUGUGAUUUGUGAUACCAUCCCCACCCUGUUGUGCCAACUUGUGCAUUUGUUACAGUUCAGUAUAUACUCAAAAACUGUUAUGAUCUCCUCGUCAUUUGUGUGAUCUUUUAAAUAGUUUACAAUUUUGUGGGAUAAUGUUAAAUAUCAUGGGGAAAAAUGCAAAAUCUAAGUAUACAUUCUGAACUUUUUCAAAAGAAUAAACGGUGAAACACAAAA